AUGGAUCUUGUACUCAAUGUUGCAGAUUAUUAUUUUUUUACACCAUAUUUAUAUCCAGCCACAUGGCCAGAGGAUGACAUCUUCCGACAAACUAUUAGUCUCCUAAUUGUAACAAAUAUUGGUGCCUUUAUUCUUUAUUUCCUCUUUGCAUCGCUGAGCUAUUAUUUUGUCUAUGAUCAUUCAUUGAUGAAACAUCCACAGUUUUUACAGAAUCAAGUGUAUCGAGAAAUUAAGUUUACUGUCCAGUCAUUGCCAUGGAUAAGUAUUCCCACUGUUUCAUUGUUCCUUUCAGAGGUGAGAGGUUACAGCAAAUUAUAUGAUGACAUAGGAGAGUUUCCAUAUGGUUGGAUUCAACUUAUUGUUAGUGUGAUAUCAUUCCUCUUUUUCACUGACAUGUUGAUUUAUUGGAUUCACAGAGGCCUUCACCAUCGACUUGUGUAUAAGCGCAUACACAAGCCUCAUCAUAUUUGGAAGAUUACCACUCCGUUUGCAAGUCAUGCUUUUCACCCUGUGGAUGGCUUCCUUCAGGGUCUACCUUACCAUAUAUACCCUUUUAUUUUUCCCUUACACAAGGUAGCUUAUUUAGCCUUGUACAUCAUGGUCAAUAUCUGGACAAUUUCCAUUCACGAUGGUGAUUAUCGCGUCCCCAGAAUCUUAAGGCCAUUUAUUAAUGGUGCAGCUCAUCAUACAGACCAUCACCUAUACUUUGACUAUAACUAUGGACAGUAUUUUACACUGUGGGAUAGAAUUGGAGGCUCGUUCAAAAAUCCUUCUUCUUUUGAAGGGAAGGGACCGCUUAAUUAUGUGAAAAAUAUGACUAAAGAAAACUGCACCAGCCAUUUGGGAAAUGGUUGUAAAAAUGAGAAAAUUUUCAAUGACGAGUGUACAAAGAAUGAGUAG